GUUCCGAGUAAGGGGUAAGGUCUACUUUUCAUGGGAUCUGAACGGGUUUGUUGUUGUACAUUAUAUUAGCUGUGCCAAGAUGCAAUGGUUAUUAAUAUGAAAGAUCUAAUGUCUUAGUUUUUAUUUGGUAGUUAUUAAUCUAGAAUAUCUCAUUUUCUUUGAUGUUCAUUUUAUAGUUGGAUUCCCUAAUAACGAUUAUAAUAUGCAGAUGUGCUGUGGUCUUGCGUGACUUAAUCAUGCCAUAUCUCCUACGGCGGAUGAAGGCUGAUGUAAACGCUCAAUUACCAAGGAAGACUGAACAUGUCCUUUUCUGCAGCCUCACUUCAGCACAGCGAUCAGUUUAUCGAUCUUUUCUCGCUAGUUCUGAGGUUGAACAGAUAUUUGAUGGUAACAAAAACACGCUGUAUGGGAUUGAUGUGAUGCGUAAAAUUUGUAACCAUCCAGAUCUUCUUGAGAGAGAAAGUUCAUGUAAUGAUCCUGACUAUGGUAACCCUGAACGCAGUGGGAAAAUGAAAGUUGUUUCCGAAGUACUUAAGUUAUGGAAAAAUCAGGGUCAUCGUGUACUUCUUUUUUCUCAGACACAACAGAUGCUUGAUAUUCUUGAGAAUUUUUUAGUCACUGGAGGCUACAACUAUAGGCGAAUGGAUGGUGCAACCCCUGCCAAGCAAAGAAUGACUUUAAUAGAUGAAUUUAAUAAUACAGAUGAAAUAUUUAUUUUCAUUUUGACUACAAAAAUUGGCGGUCUGGGAACCAAUUUAACUGGUGCCAACAGAGUCAUUAUAUUUGAUCCUGACUGGAACCCAUCUAAUGAUAUGCAGGCCAGGGAGCGUGCUUGGCGUAUUGGUCAGAAAAAAGACGUGAUUGUUUACAGGUUGAUUACCCGUGGAACUAUUGAAGAGAAAGUGUAUCACAGACAGAUAUACAAGCACUUUCUUACAAACAAAAUUUUGAAGAAUCCACAGCAGCGACGCUUUUUUAAAUCUCGUGAUUUGAAGGAUCUCUUCACAUUGAAUGAUGAUGGGGAAAAUGGAUCUACAGAAACAUCUAGUAUCUUUAGCCAGUUGAGUGAGGAUAUUAACAUUACUGGGCCUCAACACCCUGGUCAGGGAAUAGCUACAUCUACGAAAACAAAGCUAGAUCAGGACACUGUCAUGAAAAAAGAUAACGAAUCAGGAGGCAAUGGUGCAGACACCACAGAAAAAGAGAGGGCAUGUAACAGCAAACAUGAAGUAGAUGAAGAGACUAGUAUCUUGCGGGAUCUUUUUGAUGCGCAUGGUAUUCAUAGUGCAGUGGAUCAUGAUGCUAUUAUGAAUGCGCAUGAUGAGGAGAAACUGAGGCUAGAUGAGCAAGCCUCACAAGUUGCACAGAGAGCAGCAGAAGCAUUGCGCCAGUCGCGAAUGCUUCGGAGGCAAGAGAGUGUGUCUGUCCCAACCUGGACAGGCAAAUCCGGAACUGCAGGGGCACCUGCAUCCCUUAAAAAGAAAUUUGGCUCUACUACGAACCCUCUAUUGGUAAGUUCUAGUUCCAAGUCCUCAGGAGAGUCAGCAUCCAAAAACAGCAGGCAAAAUGGAAUUGCUGUGGGGGCAUCUGCAGGUAAAGCUGUAUCCUCAGCCGAGUUGCUGGCCAGGAUAAGAGGAACCCAAGAAAGGGCAGUUAGUGAUGGGCUAGAACAUCAGUUUAAUUUGGCUUCAAGCUCUGUCAGCAGGACGCCUCAAGGUGGUUCAGGAGGGAUUCAGCCCGAAGUUCUGAUCCGACAGAUUUGUACAUUUAUUCAGAGGAGAGGCGGAUCCACCAGUUCUGCUACCAUUGUUGACCAUUUCAGAAGUAGGGUAUCGUUCAAAGAUCUGGCAUUGUUCAAGAGUCUUUUGAGGGAGAUUGCAACGUUGGAGAAAAAUGUCAAUGGGUCUUUUUGGGUUCUUAAGAAAGAAUAUAUGGAACAAUAGCAAUCGUCUGUAACACAAAACAAGUAAUAUACAACUUGGCCCUUUUGUCAACAGAAGAAACACUGGAACCCAAUAUAAUCCCAGCUUCGUCCGUUGCAGCCCUUACCUUUGUAAAUACGGGCGGGCUGUUUUUUUCGCUUGGUCCUUUUGUCCUGUGAAUAAAUUAGAUGUUUAGAUGUUUUGCACCUCAUAAUUAUUACUCAUCUCUAUUGUUUUUGUAGUUCUUAAACACAUUUAUAUUUCGGGCAUUAACGGAUUCGUGGAAUUUUGUGAUGAGCUAUUCUUGAUCCCAAUGGUCAAGCCCGUAAACCCAGGCCUAGCUAACAAUAUAUUCCUUAAUGUACUCCGAUUAAGUUGUAAUGAGUAAGAUGAAAUAAAGUAUCCUCUUUCCUUCCUAACAUAUAUGUGACUUUAUUAUUUCCAUCUAAUUGGUAUCAGAGCAAAACAAUUGUUAUCGGGCCCAACAAUUGGUAUUAGAGCCAAGUUAUCAAGACAGAAGUGCAAUAGGUGAUAUUAGCUAAGAAACACCAAAAGAUGUGUAGAUCUGAUACGAACUCGUAUCGUAUAGGGAAGACUCAGAGCGUCUUCGAGCUCUUUGAGAAUAU